CAACGGGUUUGCCGCCAGAAUACAGGUGUUGGUGAAAACCAUCGCAAAACCUAAACCAAAAUGGGAAAGGAAAAGACCCAUAUCAACAUUGUCGUUAUUGGACACGUCGACUCCAGCAAGUCAACCACUACUGGUCACCUGAUCUACAAAUGUGGUGGAAUCGACAAAAGAACCAUCGAAAAAUUUGAGAAGGAAGCUGCUGAGAUGGGGAAGAACUCCUUCAAGUAUGCCUGGGUCUUGGAUAAACUGAAAGCUGAACGUGAGCGAGGCAUCACCAUUGAUAUCUCCCUGUGGAAAUUUGAAACCAGCAAGUACUAUGUGACCAUCAUUGAUGCCCCAGGACACAGAGACUUUAUCAAAAACAUGAUUACAGGAACCUCACAGGCUGACUGUGCUGUCCUGAUUGUUGCUGCUGGUGUUGGAGAAUUUGAAGCUGGUAUCUCUAAGAAUGGGCAGACCCGUGAGCAUGCCCUUCUGGCUUACACAUUGGGUGUGAAACAGCUAAUUGUUGGUGUUAAUAAAAUGGAUUCCACUGAGCCACCCUACAGCCAGAAGAGAUAUGAGGAAAUCGUUAAGGAAGUCAGCACCUACCUUAAGAAAAUUGGCUACAACCCUGACACAGUAGCAUUUGUGCCAAUUUCUGGUUGGAAUGGUGACAAUAUGCUGGAGCCAAGUGCUAACAUGCCUUGGUUCAAAGGAUGGAAAGUCACCCGUAAGGAUGGCAAUGCCAGUGGAACCACAUUGCUUGAAGCUCUGGAUUGCAUCCUGCCACCAACUCGUCCAACUGACAAGUCCCUGCGUCUGCCUCUCCAGGAUGUCUACAAAAUUGGUGGUAUUGGCACUGUCCCUGUGGGCAGAGUGGAGACUGGUGUUCUCAAACCAGGCAUGGUGGUCACCUUUGCUCCUGUCAAUGUUACCACUGAAGUAAAAUCUGUUGAAAUGCACCAUGAGGCUUUGAGUGAAGCUCUGCCUGGGGACAAUGUAGGCUUCAAUGUAAAGAACGUCUCUGUCAAAGAUGUUCGCCGUGGCAAUGUGGCUGGUGACAGCAAAAAUGAUCCACCAAUGGAAGCAGCUGGCUUCACUGCACAGGUGAUCAUCCUGAACCAUCCAGGCCAAAUCAGUGCUGGAUAUGCACCUGUGCUGGAUUGUCACACAGCUCACAUUGCUUGCAAGUUUGCUGAGUUCAAGGAGAAGAUUGAGAGCCGGUCUGGUAAGAAGCUAGAAGAUGGCCCUAAAUUCUUGAAGUCUGGUGAUGCUGCCAUUGUUGACAUGGUUCCCGGCAAGCCUAUGUGUGUUGAAAGCUUCUCGGACUAUCCUCCUUUGGGUCGUUUUGCUGUUUGCGACAUGAGACAGACUGCUGCUGUGGGUAUCAUCAAGGCAGUGGACAAAAAGGCUGCUGGAGCUGGCAAAGUCACCAAGUCUGCUCAGAAAGCUCAGAAGGCUAAAUGAAUAUUACCUUUAAUACCUGCCACUCCAGUCUUAAUCAGUGGUGGAAGAACGGUCUCAGAACUGUUUGUCUCAAUUGGCCAUUUAAGUUUAAUAGUAAAAGACUGGUUAAUGAUAACAAUGCAUCGUAAAACCUUCAGAAGGAAAGGAAUGUUAUGUGGACCAUUUGUGGUUUUUUUGUGUGGCAGUUUUAAGUUAUUAGUUUUUAAAAUCAGUACUUUUUAAAUGGAAACAACUUGACCAAAAAUUUGUCACAGAAUUUUGAGACCCAUUAAAACAUAGUUUAAUGA